AACACCAAAAACCGCAUUGAAAUUGUUUCAAAUCGACAAGAUUAAAACAAAAACUACUCAGCAAGGCUAAAUCAACAAAAUGCGUCGUUCAUCGUUCACACCAGUUUUUAAUUUAAGCACACAGGAACCACUGAUUGUGGUGGAAGAGACUAAUGCAUCCGAAGAUGGCGACAAUGUGGAGGGUGCAGUUGGUGGAGCUGAAAAUACCACAACAAAACGUUCAAACAGCGAUGAAUCAGAACCAGAUUCGCCAGUUAAUCCGUAUUUGUUAUGCCCAUUUCCGGACAUGCAACAGCGUCGCAAGCAUUCGCUGCCCUCAUUACAAAUUACCGAAGGUAUAACCGCAAGUCAAGUACGACGUCUAUCAGAAGCUGGUGGAGAAAAUGGUGGCUUAAGUCCCAAAGAAGUUGAGUUUUUGGCCACACUCUCACAAAAAGUAAAUCCAGCUGCAGGCGGUAGGAGGCAUUCAGUAGUUACAAUCUCAGCUGUGCCACCAACGCUGUUUGGCAGAAAUCGUCGUGAUUCCUUGUCCGGCAUAAACUUUAGUGGCAGCCGUCGUGGUAGUGGCUUUCAGGGUCCACCACUCACCGACCAUCGAGGCAGUAUUCACAAUUUGCAACUGGACAUUAUGGAUGGCAUUGUGCAGGCACGUAAAACACGUUCCGGCAGUGGAGUGUGGACAGCACCAGUGCUGAAAGAGGCCGAUAGCAAUGUACCAGUGCAGACAUAAAUUUUUUAUUAUAGCUUACUCUGCUCCUUUCACCAUAUAAACAACCACAAAUGUUGACAGUUUU